AUGUCUAAAAAAAAUGUACUUUUGUUUAGAGAUACUUUUUGUAUCAAUAAUAUGGAUAAAGAUGGGAAAAAAUUUUUGCGUGAAAGUUUAGAAAUGGAACUUACAAUAGAUAUAAAUAUUGAACUUUAUCCUUUAGAUAUAGGAGAUAAAGUUAAUGUAAUUCUUACAACCUCAUUAUCACCGGAACUUACUAUACAACCCGAAGAUAUUAGUAUUGUAGCACCUACAGAAGAAUCAUCAUCAUCAGAACAAAAAGUUUCUUGGAGAGAAAAAGAGAGAAGAAGCAAAGUUGCUGUUUAUAUAUCUUAUGGUGGUUUACUUAUGUCACUAGAAGGAGAUUUUCGUCAUGUACAAAAUCUUCAUGUUGGACAACAAGUUUAUUUGUUGAUGAAACGCGUUUUUUAA